AUGGAAGACGUGGAUGACAUCGCCGAGGAAUACAUGUUCCCAUGGAUGAUGGCCUUGCUCGAAACAAGUGGAAAUUACGUGGGUGGCGGCACCCUUCUCUCUGCUGAAUUGGUCAUCACAGCCCAACACUUAACCGACAACCGAACCAAAGACCAGCUUAUUGUGCGGGCUGGCGAAUGGGACUUUAGAACAGACUCCGAGCAAUUUCGACAUGUUGACGCUAGUAUCUUGUUGAUCGUUCGCCAUCCUGAGUUCAACAAAAACAACGGUGCCAAUAAUGUUGCUCUCUUGUUCCUAAGGACUCCGCUGACAUUAACCAACCACAUUAAGCCAAUCUGCCUGCUCGCGAAGGUUACGCGCCUUGAUUACAAGCGCUGCAAUCUUAGUGGCUGGGGUAAGAAGACCUCUAACGACAAAGAAAACAUGAAAGUCUUGAAGAGGGUGGAUUUACCUGUAGUCCAAAACAAUAUGUGCGAAUCAAUAUAUCGUAAAUACUACGGAAACGAAUUCAAUCUCGACAACUCUGGUGCGCAGGCGUGGAGCUUGGUAAGGACUCUUGCAGAGGACUUUUGCGGACUUCAGGACUUCCCGGGCGUUUAUACCAAUGUGGCCCGAUUUCAAAGUUGGAUUAACGAAAAAAUUAUGGAGUUCGAACCUGAACCCGAAUCAAAGCCCCUACUAUUACAAAAGCACUCCCAUACCACCUAG